GGGAAGUAGAGAAAAGAGGACCUCAUUCCUGGCCAACUAAAAGGAUCUCUUUCUACACUUCUGAACAGGAAACACGAGACAGUCUUCUAGAUUGCAGAUGGAUUUCGUUGCUGGAGCCAUUGGAGGUGUCUGUGGUGUUGCUGUGGGUUACCCCCUGGACACAGUAAAGGUCAGAAUCCAAACUGAGAAGAAGUAUACUAGUAUCUGGCACUGUGUUCGAGAAUUAUACAAAGCAGAAAAGCUCUCAGGGUUCUACAGGGGGCUCUCCUUGCCCGUGUGUACAGUGUCUCUGGUCUCUUCAAUCUCCUUUGGCACCUACAGACACUGCCUGUCUCAAAUCUGCAAGCUCAAGUAUGGCAACGUGGAUGUAAAGCCCUCCAAAAUAGACAUCACCCUUUCAGGAUGUGCCUCUGGCAUUGUCAGGGUCAUACUGACGUCCCCUACGGAAGUGGCCAAAAUCCGGUUGCAAACCCAGAAGCAGCGCCCCUCCAUUACGUCUUCGUCUCCCAGUGGUCUCCUCCCUCCACUUAAGUACCAGGGUCCCCUGCACUGCCUGAGGACUGUGGCUAAGGAGGAAGGCUUGGGAGGCCUCUACAAGGGCAGCUUGGCCCUAAUGUUCCGAGACUGCAAUUCCUUUGCCACCUACUUCCUCUCCUACUCCAUCAUCUGUGAGUGGCUCACUCCAGCCGGGCAGAGUAAGCCAGACAUCCUGGGUGUGCUGUUCUCCGGGGGUUGCGCCGGCGUCCUGGCCUGGGCUGUGGCCACCCCCAUGGAUGUGAUCAAGUCUCGUCUGCAGGUCGAUGGGCUGGGCCAGCAGCGCUACCGAGGAUUCAUCCACUGCAUCACCCAGAGCGUGAAGGAAGAAGGAGUGAGGGUCUUGUUUAAAGGGCUAGCUCUGAACUGCUGUCGAGCCUUUCCUGUGAACAUGGUGGUUUUUGUCUCCUAUGAAGCGGUCCUGAAACUCACCCGGAGUCUCAUGACAUAACUGACUCGUUGCAUCCUAUCCAACACGAAGAUGGCUCCAUGUGUGGAAGCAAACCAAAGCGGACUUAGAAGCCGGGGCGGAAAGGCCUUAAGUUCCAGCCUUUCGGCCUCGGGGUAAUAGGUCUCUAAGCAGCAACAUCUCAGCCAUUGGCUGUUGGGGCUGCAGGAUACAAGGUGCAGGCGGCUUCCCAUCCCCUGCUUCCCCGCGGCGUCUCAGGACUGCUCUCCCGGCAGGUUCCACCUCCUCACCGAAGACUGAUCCAGGGAGUGAUUUCAGCCCAAAGUGGGCGGUUAGGUUACAGGUCACUAAAUGAGAUCUCCAUAUCUUACCUUCUGGGACUUCAGCAUUGCCCUGUUCAUAGAUAGGGCCCGCCUACCUCACCCAUCUCUUCUAAAGCUUCUGAGAAGGAUGGCCUGGUUUUUCAGGAUGUACAUAUUAAUGACGUGUCCCGCUUUCAGAUGCUCUUCGCAAAGGUCAUGAGUGCAAUCUUUCAGAGGUUUUUAAAAUUACAUGUAAAUAAAAGAAAUGUUUUGGAUGGUUUUUGUUUUGAGUCUCAGUAUAGCAGGAAAAAUAAGAACGCUAGAAUUGGAAUCAAGUAGACCUGAGUUCAAAUAUGGCCCUAGACCCACUAGUUGUGUGACUCUAAGCAAGCCAAUUAGUCUCUGUAAGCCCGUUUCCUUAUCUGUAAAAUUGGGAUAAUAAUAGCAUCUACUGGAUAUGCUAUUUUCAGGUGGCUUCCUGGAAUUGUGAAGACCAAAUGUAAAGAGAAGCUCUAAGUGCUAGUCCUUAUUAUUAUUAUUAUCAUCAUCUGAUAAAACUUUCGUAGACCUCAAGGCCAUUAUGAGUCAUCAUGAUAUCAUAGCUAAUAAAAGCUAAUGUUAUCUAAGGCUUCUUUAUUAGCGGCAGAAUGUUCAGAACAAAGGAGGUAAUAGUUCUGAUGUCCUCUGUCUUGGCUGGAUCACAGCUGCUAUAUUGAAUGCAGGUCUGGGUACUUUUAUUUAAGAAGGACAAAUGUGGCUACCGAAAGGAGACCGACUGAUUUUUCUUGCAAAACAUGACAAAUAUGGAAGUGUGUUUAAAAGGAUUGCACGUAUUU